GAUGUUUAAGCCAUAACUAGAAGGCGCACAAAAAACUCGUGACUGACCAGUUGACGCUAUUUAGAAAGUCGUGUGAUCAGUGUUAAAAACAAGGAUGUGAAACUUAAGUGUAUAUAUCUGCUAGUGAGACAGCAUAGUAAUGUUUCUGCAACACUAUCCUAAAAUGAAACAUUCUGGGCUUAUUAUUCACGCUGCUCUUCUUCAUUUCUGGACUCUGUGUUUGGCUUGUAUCGUUCAUGGAAACCAAGUCUGGCCAGUGCCUUACAAGAGAGUUGACAGACGUCCAGAUGUUGACCCUUACUGCCAGGCUUUAUAUCCAUUCUGCCCCACUGGAGAUCCAGGUGGUCAGAUACCAUACAUGAAGGAAUCUGACAUCAUCUCAGUGUUCAGACUUCAGACUCCGGUUUGGGAGUUUAAAUAUGGUGACCUGCUGGGGAAGCUUCACAUCAUGCACGAUGCCAUCGGGUUUACAAACGAGAACACUGGAAGAAACUUCACUAUGGAGUGGUAUGAGCUAUUCCAGCUUGGGAAUUGCACUUUUCCUCAUGAAAGAGAAAAUAUAAGUGCACCGUUUUGGUGUAACCAGGGAGCCGCAUGUUUUUUUGAGGGAAUAGAUGAGAUACAUUGGAAACAGAAUGGUACUUUGGAGAAAAUAGGAGAGAUUUCAGGUGAGAUAUUUAAUGAGAUGGCCCGGUGGGUUCAGGAGGACAAUGCAACGGGUGUUUUUUAUGAGACUUGGACUGUAAAGACAGACCCUGGAUCUAACGCUACAACUUGGUUUGAUUCCUACGACUGUUCCCAGUUUGUGCACCGCACAUACAGGAAAUUAUUGGAGUUGGGUGCUGUUCUGCUCAGCAAAACCCAGACCAAUUAUACAAAGAUCUAUCUGUACAGCGGAGAGCCUAUCUAUUUGGGAGAUGAAGCUAUUUUUCAGCAGUCUUCUACAAAAGGUCUUGCCACAGAUAUCCAGAAGUUUUAUCACUCAUUUCGCCCUCACCAGUCAGCAUGGGAAGCCAUUAUGAGUCUCCUAGAAGCUUAUGAAAAGAUGGUCCUUGAGAAGACCUUUUAUUUGUACUUUAACUCUGAAUAUUGGAAACUGCCUAUGAAAUAUCCUUACUUUAAAAUAAUCUACGAGGAGAUUCCCUUACCAUAAUGCCCACUUUCUGUCUUUGAAUUUUAAUUGGUUUGUUUUAAUCAGUAUGAUGUCACAGUACCACCAGAUAACUGUUUAUAAUGUUUACCAAUAUGAAUUUGUGAAUGUUUAAAAUGCUUUUGUAAAUAGUCUUUUUUGCGUUUUAGUAUAAAUAUGAUUUUUUUUAUUUGUGCAACAUUCAUAAAAGGUCUGAAUCAAAGUUUUGUAAAUAACAAAAAUGCUAUUAUGUUUUUUAGCUCUCAAAUAAAUAGGAUCUUUUCCAAUU